CUACUAAAAGCCCAAAUCCAAAUCCUUAACGAGAUCGGAGAAUUUUCUUUUACCGACUUAUACAGGCCCGAUACCUUUUAAGCCCAACUUUGUACCACUGCUUCUUCCUUGUAUUCCGUCGUGUAACGGAAAAUUAAAUCGUAACUAGCUCGGAGCUGCUUCCAUUCCACCACCGCAAUCAUGAGCAACCGAGCCCGAAAUUUCCGGCGUCGCGGUGGAGACGACGACGCCGACGAUGAUAGCGACGACAGGGCCGUUUCCGCCAACGGUUCUUCCGCCUCCACAUCAGCUAAAGUUCAACCCAAAUCCGCCGCCGCAAAACCCCCUAAAUCGGCAACUCCGGUCCCCAAAAGCCGGCUGAGCUUCGCGGACGACGAGGAAGAUGCCGACGCUACGCCUGUAUUUCGCCCAUCCUCAUCCAAUUCUCGUCUCUCUAAACCUUUACCGUCUUCUUCUUCGUCUCAUCACAAACUAACCUCUUCCAAGGACCGGAAGUCGGUUUCAGCGCUGCGGUCAUCAAUUCCUUCUAAUGUCCAACCCCAAGCAGGGACUUACACCCUGGAAUCUCUCCGGGAACUUCAGAAGAAUACUAAAAGCUUUGCUUCCUCACGCACGGCCUUUCCUGAAGCUAAGUUGAAGCCCGAGACCACCAAGCCCAACGAGCCGGUUAUAGUGCUGAAAGGGUUAUUGAAGCCGAGUGUUCCAUCCGAUCCAGAUGAAGAAAUUGAGCCUUUAGACCAAUUCGAAAAUGACGAGCAAAAGGACAGUCUCUCGGGAGAUGAAGCAACUGUUAGAAUGGCUCCUAUCGGGUCAGGGAAGGGUUCAAGAGAUAAGAACAAGGAUUCUGGUGAUUUCAUAAUGGACCAAGCAAGCAUAGACGCCAUAAAGGCCCGAAGAGAGAGGCUAAGGCAGGCAGGGCCAGCAGCUCCAGACUAUAUAGCAUUAGAUUCAGGAAGUAAUCAUGGAGAAGCAGAAGGUUUGAGUGACGAGGAGCCGGAAUAUCGUGGCAGAAUCGGCUUCUUUGGUGCCAAAAUUGAUGGUGAAAAGAAGGGCGUGUUCGAAGCUUAUGAAGAUCGGGUAGUGGAAAAGGUUAGCACUGUAGUUAGUGAUGGUGAUCUGGAUGAUGAGGACGAGGAGGAAAGAUUGUGGGAAGAGGAGCAGGCGAGGAAAGGUCUUGGGAAAAGGUUAGAUGAAGGCAUUAGUAAAGGCAGUGUUGGUGUUAAUACUGGCAUUAAUAGUGUUAAUGUGGUUCAAAGAGCUCAUCAGCAGACAAGGGUAUCUUCUACUGUGGGUUCUGAUGUAUAUCCUUCUGUUCAGAGCAGUGUGAUGAAUGCUAACGGUCUUAGUAUUGGGGGAGCUGUUGGAACUGGUUUGGAUGCUAUGUCAAUAUCACAGCAAGCUGAAGUUACUAAAAAAGCUUUGUACAAUAAUUUGAAGAUGCUUGAGGAAUCUCAUAGCAAAACCUUGGCUUUGUGCGCACGGAAUGAUUCAAAUAUAGCUGACUCGCUCUCGAAUAUUACCAGACUGGAGAAAGCAUUUUCUGCAGCGGGUGAGAAGUUCAUCUUUAUGCAAAAGCUUCGUGAGUUUGUUUCUGUUAUAUGUGCCUUUUUGCAGCAUAAGGGUCCUUAUAUUGAAGAACUUGAGGAACGAAUAAAGGAUCUUCAUGAAAAAAGGGCAGCCGCAAUUAUAGAAAGAAGAACUGCUGAGAAUACUGAUGAAAUGAGAGAACUAGAAGCGGCUGUGGCUGCAGCAAAGGCAGUUUUAAGUAAGGGUGGAAGCAGUGCAGCAACGGUUGAAGCCGCCACAAAAGCUGCACAGGCUGCUUUUGCUGCUGCAAAGGAACUAAAAGAUUUACCUGUGGAGCUAGAUGAUUUUGGUAGAGAUUUGAAUUUGCAGAAGCGGAUAGAUAUGAUGCGAAGGGCUAAGAGUAGACAAAGGAGGAAAGACAAAUAUGAUUUGAAGAGACUUUCGACUAUGGAAAUCGACGAACAUAACCACCCGAUAGAAGGAGAAUCAAGCACUGAUGAAAGUGACAGUGAGACUGCAGCACAUCAGUCAAGUCUUGCUGAGUGGAUUCGGGUCUCUGAACAGAUUUUUAGUGAUGCAGCAAAUGAUUAUGCUCAACUUUCAGCAGUUGUAGAGAGGUUAGGGAGAUGGAAGAAGGAAUAUGCAUUAAGCUACAAGGAUGCUUACAUGCCAUUAAGUGCCCCUUCUAUUUUUUCUCCUUAUGUAAGGCUUGAGCUUCUCAAGUGGGAUCCACUUCAUGAAGAUUCAGAUUUUAUCGAUAUGAAAUGGCACUCGUUGCUAUUCGAUUAUAGUGCUCCAGAUGAUGCUGAUGCUGAUGCUGAUGCUAAUCUUAUUCCUGACCUAGUCGAAAAGGUUGCCAUUCCUAUUCUGCAUCACCAGUUGGAGAAAUGUUGGGACAUGCUUAGCACACGUGAGACAAGAUAUGCUGUUUCUGCUACGACUUUGGUCUUUGGAUAUGUUUCUGCUUCCAGUGAGGCAUUAGGGAAAAUGGUUGCUGCCCUUCGUGACCGUUUAGCUGAUGCUGUAACCAAUUUGACGAUCCCGACAUGGGACUCACUUGUGCUAAAGGCUGUACCCAAUGCUGCUCGAGCUGCAGCACAUAGGUUUGGUGUGGCCGUUCGUUUGAUGAGGAAUAUAUGUUUAUGGAACAAGAUUCUUGCAAUGUCUGCUUUGGAAGAGCUUGCUCUUGAUCAACUCCUAAACAGAAAGGUUCUUCCUCAUCUCCGUAGCAUUCAAUCUAACAUUCAUGAUGCAAUGACGAGAAGUGAAAGGGUUGUUGCUUCGCUAGAUGGGGUCUGGUCUGGUCGAAGUGUUACUGGGGAUCGCAGCCCUAAAUUGCAACCGCUGGUGGACUAUUUACUGGUUCUGAGGAGGGCACUGGAGAAGAGACACAGCUCCGGGGGAGCUCAGACGGAAACAUCUAACCUUGCACGGCGCUUGAAGAAAAUGCUGGUGGACCUCAAUGAGUAUGACCACGCAAGAGAUAUAUCUAAGACUUUUAAUCUCAAGGAGGCCUUGUGA